CGCGCAACCAGGGCUUCGACGUGGUGCUGGUGGACACGGCCGGGCGCAUGCAGGACAACGCGCCGCUCAUGACGGCGCUCGCCAAGCUCAUCGCCGUCAACGCGCCCGACCUGGUGCUCUUCGUGGGCGAGGCGCUGGUGGGCAACGAGGCCGUGGACCAGCUGGUCAAGUUCAACAAGGCGCUGGCGGAUCACUCGGCGGCGCCCACGCCGCGCCUCAUCGACGGCAUCGUGCUCACCAAGUUCGACACCAUCGACGACAAGGUGGGUGCCGCCAUCUCCAUGACGUACAUCACGAGCAAGCCCAUCGUGUUCGUGGGCACCGGGCAGACCUACUGCGACCUGCGCAGCCUCAACGCCAAGGCCGUGGUGGCGGCGCUCAUGAAGGCCUAGGCGGCCGCCCCGCUCGCCCGCCCUAUUUAUUGCGUGCGGCCGGCGCCCGCCUCGCCGCUCACCAAAGCUGCCCAACCAAAAAGCGCCCGCGCGGGGAGCCCGAGGGCGGGCUCUGCCCSCUCGCUCGCCGCGGGCCCCGGGGCUCUGUCGCGCCUGUGCUCUAGUGCAAUAAACCGACCGCUGUCUGCUC